CUUUGCAAUACAGAGUUGUCAAAAUCAUCCAUUGUUUUUGUUCGGGAUCGCUUUAGAUAAUCUGCUUAAAAAAUGUCUGUAGACCGUGAUUUGGAAACCAAAGUUAGGAAAACCAGCGAGAAAAUCUCAGAGAAUAUGCACAUAGUAGCGAAUGAGCCCAGUUUGGCGUUCUUCCGGAUCCAGGAACACGUCCGGAAGGUGCUACCCCUGAUUGUGGACAGGAGGAGCGAAGUUGUGCAACUCCAGCAAGAUCUUCAGGGCCACUGUUACGACAUGGAGUACGCAAUUGGAGCCAUAAAAUCAAUAGAGGCGUCAGAGAAGAGCUUCCAGAACAUCCACGAACUCCUCAAGAAUGCCAUUUUCCUGAAGCAGCAACUGAAGUACGAGGAAUCCCGCCGAGCAAAGAAGGAGCCCAGCAACAGCUCUGUGUACAAGCGCUUAUCUGCUCACAUCACGCUGGAACUUCCGGAUUUGGCUGAUAUUUCAGGAGUUGUGAGAGAGACGACCAACAGAGUGGAGAAUAUGAUGUCCCACGCGAGAAAUUCCUCCACUUCCGCCACAACGUCGGCCAAUGGAACCACAGAACUGCAGAGAUCCCACACAACGCUGCAUUGAUGAAGGAUCUGGAGUGCCAUAGGAUUGAACCAAAGAUAGCUAAUUGGUAAGAUUGUGAAUAUUUUGUACUUUCAAGCCUUCCUUUUCAUCCUCUCGCAAGGAUAUAUCAAUAAAAGUCGGGCAUUAAUUAGCGAAGAAUUAGAUUUGUCGCGAAGGAUGAGUUGAGGAGGCGUGAUAAUUGAAUUAAAUGGAUUGGGACAGCCCAAGUUCCGCUACAAUUAAGAA